GGGGGGGGGAUUUUUACAGAGGUGGAGGUCCGGGGAAUGGAACGGGGAAAUUUUUAUUUUUAUUCACAGGGAGGACGACGACGGGAAAUUUUCAAAGGAUCUCUCAAAUCCCCCGAUUUUCGGGGACGGGGAUUGGGACCGACCCUAAACUCUAUUUAUUACAAAUUAUAUUUUGCUUUAAUCUUACUACUUUCUCUUUAAUUUUUAAAGACUCUCCUAAAGUUUUCACUUUUCUUAAUUUACUUCUUUCAAUUUCUCUUUAUUUUCACCUCAGAACUUGUCUUUUUUGCUUCGUA